AUGCACGCAUCGAUGGUAACUACAUCAAAUAAUAAUACUAUACGUCUUUCACAGGAACAUCGUGUGCGACUUCGACAAGUUGUCAAUGAGUUAACCGAUAAUCAAUUACGUUUAUUCCUAACAAAUCAUUUUCAAGCAAUAACAAAUACACCAUUAAAUAAUCAAUUUCAACAUCAUUCACGAGUACAACUAAUUCAACAAUCGUUCAUUCUAAUCGAUAAUGAUUAUUCAGUCGAUCUCGAACAAACACUCUAUGCAUUGAGACAAAAACGUUUUCCAAAUGAAUAUCAACAAUCAUAUCGAGCAUCAUCAGCACCACAACAACAAGCACAGCAACAAAAUUACACGACCUCUUACAACCAACAACAACCACAACGGCAGCAGCAGCAGCAGCAGCAACAACAACAACAACAACAAGCAUAUUAUUAUACACCACAAAACAUUCAAUAUAAUGUUCAAUCGAAUUAUCGUUACCCACCAGCCACGAAUGUUUCGCAACCGUUACGACAAAAUACUUCAUUGGAAUUAAAUAGAACAGUUCGACCUAAUGCAACAACCGUAGUUCUUAAUCAUCAACCAUCGAAUGUUCGUCCUCAACAGACAACAUACUUUCCUUCGAUAGUAUCCCGACAAGCAUAUGUUCAACAACCAUCAACACCAGCAGCACAUACGAAUGGUUCUACAACAAAUAACGUUCGAUAUCAAAUUCCCAUUCUACUUCCACCACCUCCGCCUACUGUUCCACAAUCAGCAAACAUUCCACGAACGGUUCCUUCAUCAUCAAUACCAACAUUAAAAGUUGUACAUAAAACUUUACCAUUCUAUCGUCCUUUGUCUUGCAUUCAAGAGCUUUAUCAAAUAUUUCGUUACGAUACUUAUCGUAAACAAUAUUUUUAUCAAGGUGAUUUUCUCAUUCCUUUCGAAGUUUGUAACCAAUUAGCUCUAUCUUAUGAUUACGAUGCUGAUCUUGACAUACACAAAACGUCGAAAUGCUUGAUCAUGCGUCUUGUACGACUUGAUCAACCGCCUAUGUCCAACGGGAAAUACGAUGAUAAUCUACCGCCCAAUCUGGUCGUGCAAAUCAAUUCGCACAAUUUAGCGAACUUGCCAAUACCGAAGCCUUGCGCACGACAACAACCCGAUUUGAUUCGUGCGGGACGCGAGAUUGAUAUCACGUCUUACUGUAUGUUUAAUCCCGAGCUGAAAAAUGAAGUUUCGAUAACAUGGUCAUAUCGUCCGGAGAACACCGUGUUGCAUUCUCAAUAUGCCAAUGCCCAAUUUGCAUUACAUAUCUUUGUCGUUCAACAUCUAACAAUCGAUGAUUUAUAUGAGCAAAUCAAAAGCAAAACAGCGAGAUUUUAUCGAGAAGAUCUAGCGAAACUAGUAGCGAAAGCGUUAGCUACAGAUCGUGAUCUAGGUCUAGAAGUCAGUGAUCAAAAAUUGAAAUUGAGAUGUCCUAUUGACCAACGACGAUUGCGACUACCAACAAGAGCAACUACUUGUCAACAUUUACAAUGUUUCGACUUAACCAACUAUAUCACAUUGAAUGAAAAAGCCGGUAAAUGGAUUUGUCCCGUAUGCAAUAAAUCUGCCUUAUUCGAUGAUCUGCAGAUCGACUCGUAUACUGAAUCGAUAUUGAAUUCCAUGGAAAAUGAAGCCAUUGAUGAAAUUUCAAUUGAUAGUAAUUUGAAUUGGAAACCUGUUUCAUCAGCAUCAACCUCGUUGGCAAUCGAACAGAAUUAUCGCAAAGUAUCCGAUGUACAUGAUAUAACUUUAGAUGAUGAAAUGGAUGAGAAGUAUUCACAUCAUUCAAUUGAUUGCAAAGCUAAUAUUCAACUGUUACCGUCAGCAGCGCGCGAACUGUCGGAUAUCAUGAAUACCCUAACAGAUGAACAACGUUACAUACAAUUGCAAUUGUUGUCUAUUAACGAUUUACAAACAUUAUUAACAUUUGCUGGCCAAUCAAGGACAGGAAAACGGCAGGAACUCAUCGAACGUUGUCAUAGUCUGAUUAAAUCAUCGAUUACAAUUCGAGAUAAAUGCGAAGAAUUGCAUAACAAACGCUUUGGACAAGGUGAUAAACCUACCAUACCCUAUCCAAAAGAUUCAACCAACACAAUCAGAACAGGACAUCAUGUGCAUAACAAUCAACUACAAAAUCUCGAUAUUCGCUUUGCACCAUUUACAUUCAAUGAAGAUGUAUGUGUGAUUUCUCCGCCGCAUACAGUAGGAUCAACAAAACAAUCAACCAACGGUCCGCAAUACUCAGUCAAUUUGUAUUUCUUGUUAUCAGCACAACAAGCAUCAGAUGUGGCAACAUCGACAUAUUUCAAUACAGAUCAAUCAAAAAUAGAAUAUCGAAAACAGAUCUUGUUGAGAUUUACAACAGUUGGUGGCGAUGCAAUGAAUAAUGGUAUUAACGCGCCAGACAAAUUGCCACCUAAUCUCUAUGUUAUUGUGAACAAUCGUGUUGUUCCAUUACCUCAACCAAAGCCAACAGCAAAACCAAAUUCGGAUGUUAUUCGACCAGGUCGACCAAUUGAAAUCACAGAAUAUUGUCGUUUAUGUCCAUUGAUAUCGAAUCUGAUCGAAAUAUCGUGGUACACGCAAGAUGUUUCGACUCCAUCUCCAACAUAUGUAGCUGCUGUUUUUCUAACAGAACGGAAAACCGUUCCUCAACUAUUAGCACGUCUCUCUCGUCCAUCAGCUAUUCGUCCAGCGACUGAAACUCAACGUACAAUCACACAAAUUUUAUCAGUUCCACAAACACCGCAAGGAACUGACAACGAUCUCGAAGUGGCAUCGACAUCACUUCGGCUGCCACUCGACUGUCCAGCAAUGCGUAUUCGAAUGCGAAUGCCCGGACGAGCAUUGACAUGUAAACAUGUACAUUGUUUUGACUUGGAGGGUUAUCUACGUAUGAAUGAAAAAAAGCCAACUUGGCUUUGUCCUGUAUGUAAUAAACCAGCAUUAUAUACAGAUCUGUUUGUUGAUCAAUUUUUUAUUGAUGUCAUCGGUAAAUGUCCACCGGAUACCAAAGCUAUUGAAUAUGAACCAAAUGGUCAAUGGAAACCUGUGGGAGAAGAGAAACCAUCUCGAAGAGCACAACGCGAAAAAGAAGCUUAUAAAGCAGCACAAGCAGCUAAAACUACCAAUGGAAAGUCAGUAGCAGAAGCUGACCGUUCACCAAAUGAUGAUUCCGAUGAUGAUCGAUCACGUACAAAAUCAAUUGAUCGUUCGUCUGCACCACCUGUUCAAGAUGAUAUUCCUGUUAUUGAAUUAGAUGAUGAUUAA